AUGAAGCUGAUUUUCUCCGCUUUACUAUUUUUAACGUUGGCGGUAUGUUCAUGAAGUGAAAAAAAGCAGAGCUGUGCCUUGGGCCGAGGAUGAUGGCCGAAACGGCCCGCAACAGUAGCAAUCGUGAAGUUUUUUAAAAUCUCAUUCCAUAAUUUAAACCACAUAACUUUCCUGGAUAACACAUUUUCGAUCACUCACUCAAGCAUUUACACAAUCAGUGAAAAUUGUGACAAAAAUGUUCGAAAAGUGGCAAAUUUUCGACCGCUUCGCGACCGCGUUGCAACAAUACGGCCUAAAGCACAGCUCUGAAAAAAAAAGACAUUUUUCAAAGUGCUACCGGUUCGCACACCGGUUGCUACCUUAAUUCUAGCCCACUUUUUUGAUCUUGCCUUUCAAGACGAGAAGGAUUGGAUUGAUGGAUUGCCUAUAGAAUGUGAAACUGAAACCUCAUAGUCAGAAAAAAAAAUGUUCAAAUGUUUUUUCUAAAACUUCAUUCAUUUCAGAGCGCCUGUUAUUCCUUAACGCCUGGAGAAACGUGCGAAACUUGCCAAGUCGUCUUGCGCACUGUAUACGGCCAUUUUUCAGCAAACGUUCCCAGCCGCAAGAAGCUCGUCAAUCAAUUAAAACACGAGUGUAAACGGCACUUUACGGUCAGUGGAAAAAUUUCGUCUUCACACACUUGAUAGUUUAAAUUCGAAUUGGGUUUUCUGACUUUCUCCCGCGUAGGUCAUUUCAGCCCCGUCCAAAUUUGCACACAGUAGGUUUAAUUUGUGCAUACACCGAACGCGGUUUUUGCUCUAACAAAAGUUGCGGUGCACCCCGCGUUCAACUCUCCUGUACACCCCGCAGUGUAACCAGGGGUGCACCGAGUUUUCAAAUUUUCGGUGAACCGAAAACAUCAACGCGGGAUGCACCCAAUCGCGCUGAGUUCAACGAGGGGUGCACCCCGAUGGCCGGUUCGACGCGGGGUGCACCGCAACUUUUGUUAGAGUGAUAUCUUCAUUGAUAACGAGUUUUUUGUACGGAAAUAUGAACAGAUUUGAAGAAAAACGCAAGUAGAACAUUCAAUGAAACAAUCUGAGUUUUAACAAUUAACUUUUUCCAAACGCUAGCAAGCCUAAAAAAAUGGCCUAAUUUGGGGAGUGCGUAUUUAGUUUUUUGAAGAGCCAGCAUAUCUUAAAAAAAUGUGAAAAGUCGUAUUUUCUGUAAUUUGUUCCCUUAUUAAUGUCAAAAAAGAGCCGUGUUAAUUUUUUGAAUAAAAUAAUGGUCAAAAAUUGUCUGGUGUGGCCAACUGAGACGGCCCAGUGGAAACCGGACGGGCCCAUGUAGGUCUGAGCUGGUGUGGAUCGAGAGGAUUCCCGAAGAGCUUAUAGUAAUUUUUUUACUUCACCCACCCUUCAAAUCUGAAGAAAAAGCGCGCUAACGUGUGUUUUUGUAUUUUUUUUAAAAAUUUACUUUCAAAUUUUUUUAACUUCGUUUCCAACUCAAAAGGUUUAGUCGCGACUAGUCGCCUGGCUUUUUCACGAUAGUGAAUCGAAUUUGACAGCCGCGAGUAAAAAUGACUUGGAAAAUAUCGAACUCUGACAAAAAAUUUUUCAGUAUCGCAGACGUUGCUUAUUGGCAAUGAAGGACCAAGGUGAAUUCAUUUUUCGUGAAAUGACUAACCCCGACUUCAAGCCUAUCAAGAUAUGCUUCAUUCUGAAAGCGAGUUUUUUAAAUCUGCUCUAGUUGCUUUUCAGUAAACUUUUAAUAAAAAUUUCGUUUCCAGGAAUGCAAGCGGCUCCAAUCCCCCAUUCCAGAAGACUUUGUUCUCUCGAAUACCACUGAUUCUUCUGUUUUGUCCGAAACGACGGUUUACGCGGAUGAUACAGAAACUUCUGUUUUUCCAUCUGAGCAUGGUAGUCCCUUGUGGAGUGUUUUGAACAACUAG